AUGACAGCAGGGUUGACUGACAAUAGGCUCGGGCAUAUGAUUGAGAUCAUAUCCGGUAUGCGUGUCAUCAAAAUGUAUUCCUGGGAACAGCUCUUCGCAGACCUCGUGGCUGAGGACCGGAAUUUUAUUACCUUGGUACUCACUGGUGAUGCGCUGGACGCUAAGACUGUAUUUGUGUCAAUGAUGCUAUUCAAUUCCGUACGAACUAAUAUGACCUGGUACUUUCCAAUGUCAAUCAUGUUUGGCGCCGAGUUAUUAGAAAGCCCGUAUCCAACCCUUCAGAAUAUUUCGGCACAUUUAAAACCCGGAGAUUUAUUAGCUGUGAUCGGACCGGUAGGGGCGGGAAAGAGCUCACUAUUGAUGACAAUUCUUAAAGAACUACCGCUUCUGUCGGGAAGUAUAGAAACAGUUGGAUCGAUAAGCUAUGUCUGUCAGGAGUCCUGGAGUUUCAACACUAGUGUCCGAAAUAAUAUACUUUUUGGUGCCGAAUAUAACAAAUCCCGAUAUCAACGAGUGGUAGAGGUGUGCGCUUUGGAAAGAGAUUUCCAGAUAUUUGCGUUCAGAGACAAGACAUUAGUCGGUGAGAGAGGAGUACAGCUGUCGGGCGGACAGAAGGCCCGCAUCACGUUAGCCAGAGCUCUGUAUCGAAAUUCAGAUAUUGUAUUAAUGGACGACCCGUUGAGUGCUGUCGACACUAGUGUUGCCGAACAUAUAUUUGAUAACACCAGAUGUAUAGUCGACUACUUGUGCGACAAAAUCCGUAUUCUAGUCACACAUCAAAUCCAAUUCAUACGAAAAGCGACAGUUUAUAACCAAAACUUGCUGCUCCCUUUCACAGACGGAUUGGGAUCCUAUGAUGAGCUCCAGUCCCGGGGCUUAGACUUCAUGUCUAUUCUCAGCGAUCGGGAGAGAGAGGCCGCAGACAACAUGGGAGAGCUCGAUAUGGAUGACCCGGACACUAAAGUUACAGUUUUACAACACAGUUAUGACAAUGAAAUAACAUCCAAAAGAACUUCAGUGACCGAGAGUUUAACGAUUAGAAAUGGCGAAGAGGAAAACAACGACCCAAAAAUAGAUGACGAGAACAGGGAUGCGAUUAUCUACUCCUCAAUGAUGGCCGCGCUGUUCAUCGCAACCCUAUUAAGAACCAUCACAUGGUUUAUGAUGUUUAUGAGGGCUUCAGUUAAUCUGCACAACACUAUGUUUUACCGUGUAUUACGAGCCCCGAUAUAUGUGUUUGAGAAUAACCCAGUUGCCCAGAGUCCAGUGUUCUCACACGUGAGCACAACUUUCAAUGGGUUGGCCAGUGUUAGGGCCUUUAGGGCUCAGGAAAUGCUUGAAAAUCAAUUUUACGUCUACCAAGAUGAUCACUCGGCCACCUGGAUGCUCGUCACCACUGCUAGAUAUGCAUUUGGUUUAAUAAUAGAUGGACUAUGUUUUCUCUACACAGUUAUCAUAUUCACGGUAUUUAUGGUAUUCCCCGAACAAUUGGGUGCCGGAGAGGCGGGACUUGCUUUAUCAUCAGCCCUAAUGUUGACGGGAGUGACCGCAUGGGGAGCACAACAGUCGGCAGAGAUGGAGAGUCAGAUGACUUCAGUCGAGCGCAUCAUUGAGUACUCAAAACUACCACAAGAGGCGGCCCUCACAGCACAUGAUAGCCGUAAACCCCCUCCCGAUUGGCCACAGAAGGGACUGAUAGAGCUCAAGGAUAUGAGUCUAUACUACGAGGGAUCAGACAAACCGGUGCUCAAGAACUUGAGUUGUGUUAUAAAGAGUGGAGAGAAGAUAGGGAUCUGUGGGCGGACGGGCGCCGGCAAGUCGUCCAUCAUAUCAGCGCUGUUUCGUAUGGUUGAGCCAAAGGGAAAGAUAAUAAUGGACGGCAUUAACACGGGAUCAAUAGGUUUGCAUGAAUUGCGGUCAAAGAUCUCAAUCAUACCUCAAGACCCGGUGGUCUUCACGGGAACCGUUAGAAAAAAUUUGGAUCCUUUCGGCGAAUACAUCAAUCGGGAGGGGGUUUAUGGCUAUCCUGUGCUGUGA